AUGGGCAUUGGUGUGAAAUCCAUUGCACUGACAGAUAAUUCACCUGAACCAGGAUCUUCAGCCUCGGUUUCUGGAUGGGGACAUAUUGGAGUUGAUAAGGAAUCAUCUGAGAUCCUACUUGAGGCCACGGUGACCAUAGUGGAUUGGAAUAACUGCCUGAAUGCCUGGAAUGGUGAAAUCACGAAGGACAUGAUUUGUGCCUAUGCCCCGGGAAGAGAUUCCUGCUCAGGUGAUUCAGGAGGUCCUUUGGUGUCCAAUGGCAAACUGGUUGGAAUAGUGUCCUUUGGACCGGAACCUGAUGAUCCAGAAUCUCCCGCAGUUUAUGCUAAUGUGGCUGAGCUCAAACCUUGGAUCUCAAAAGCAAUUCAACGUCUCUAA